AUGGCCAGCGGCUACUUCCCUGAGCGGCUGAAAGAUGCCACAUUACCUUCUUCGCCAGCCAUGUCUCCAGGACCAACAGCACCAAAGUCAAGCGCUCUCCAAAGUCGUAUUACCAGUGUUCUUGCUGCAUCAUACUCGGAUUUGGAGAUUCGAGAUGCAUUGGAAACCCUGGAUGCUCGCAAAGUCCACAACACAGCCGAGACGAGGCGCAACCUUCGACUUGACGCGCAACAAGAAUUGAUCCAAUGCAAUGGAGAGAUCAUUCGUGAUUUUGGACAGGUUUCCCAGCAAUUACAAAGGGUGGGCGCGGCCAUCGAAGAUCUCAACAAAUUGUGUUCAAGCAUGCGAUCCCAUAUCUCGGCUGCCAACAGGGAGACUGGACCUAUGAUGGAAGAGAGCACAGCAAUGAUGGCGCAAAGGCAGCAGACAGAGACCAAGCAACAACUACUGGCCGCCUUCACCUCGCACUUCCUUUUGUCUGAUGCAGAAGUCACUUCCUUGACAUCUACUGCAGAGCCAGUCACAGAUUCCUUUUUCCAGGCAUUGGCUCGGGUCAAGAAGAUCCACGAUGACAGUCAAUUGCUAUUAGGCACCGAAGACCAACAACUAGGUCUCGAAAUUCUGGAGCAAAGCUCGAAGCAACUAAACGCAGCAUUCCAGAAGCUGUUCCGUUGGACUCAACGUGAGCUCCGUGAGCUGGAUCUUGAGAACCCCCAACUUAGCACUUCGGUUAGACGCGCUCUCCGUGUGCUGGCUGAGAGACCUGCGCUUUUCCAGAGCUGUCUUGAGUUCUUUGCUGAGAACAGAGAGCAAGUGCUCUCGGAUGCAUUCUACGCUGCUCUGACUGGCGGAUCUGCUCAGCGUGUAGGAGGGCCUGCAAUGGGCAAAGCAAUCGAGCUCAGUGCACACGAUCCGCUACGUUACGUUAGUGAUAUGCUCGCUUGGGCACACGCUGCGACAGUUGGCGAGCGAGAAGCAUUGCAAAUUCUCUUCAUCUCGGACGCCGAUGAAAUUUCGAAAAACAUCAAAGCAGGUCGCGAACGUGAGCCUUGGUUACAGAUCACCGAUGAAGCAGACGGUGAAGAAGUGGCAGCCUUCGACGGCAAGAAAGCGCUCAACGACCUGGUCGACCGAGAUUUGUCUGGCGUGCUUCGUCAAUUGCGUCAACGUGUUGAGCAAACCGUACAGAGCCACGAAGAUGCAACAUUGGCUUACCAGAUCUCGAAUCUGAUACGCUUCUACUGUUCAAUCUUCAUACCUUUCCUUGGGCCGGACUCGUCGAUUGUACAAACAUUGCAACCUAUCACACAGAAAGCAUUUGAGCAGUUCAGAACACUCAUGAGAGACCACAUCGCCAACAUCCACAGCGACGUUUCAGUCACGCCACUAGAUCUUUCACCGCCUGACUUCUUGGUGGAAGCACUGGACGCUCUCAGAGGCUUGAUGAAGAGUUACGAUACUUCACUAGCUAACACGUCUUCGGGUGAGGAUCGCAGUGGGUUCCAAGCCGUGCUCGAAGAAGCGCUUGAUCCUUAUCUGGCAGGCUGCGAAAGCAUUUCCAAGGGCAUGGGAGCACCACAGAGCCAGAUUCUAGCCAUCAACUGUCUACUCGCAACGAUAGAGACACUAAAGGGCCGAAGCUUCACAGAAGACAAGAUUGGCGAGAUUGAAGAGACGGUUGAAGAACAAGUGGCAAGACUUGUGGAAACAGUGAUUGCGUGGUUCGAGACUGAAUCAGGACUCAAGCGACUCUUUGAAAGUCUUGAGGAAUACAAAAACACCAACCUUGGUCAAGGAAUCAGUGGUAUCAGGAAGCUAAGAGAAAUGCAGCCGGAUCGAUUGGCAGACAUGGCACAGAAGCUGGACGCAUUCCUGCCAGGAGCAAUGGAGGAUGCCAGAGCUUUCAUUGGCAAGCUUGCAGACAAGAGAAUGGUGCGUAAGGUGUGCGAAGAUGCAUCGAACGUAUUUGUCAGCAAGUUUGAAUCUGCCGAGAGAAUCAUGAUUGGGCUGGACGAAUUGACAGUGGCCGAGCAAGGAGAAGAGGUGGAGGAAGGCAUGCUGGUGCGCGAUGUGUUCCCUCGCACGAGCGACGAGAUCAAGGUGUUGCUCAGCUAG